AUGUGGCCGGUGUACGAGUCCCAGUCCGAAUGGGGUCUCUUCAACAGUGAUUGUGCUGUGGAUCUGGACUCCGAAUUCAAGAGCGAGUCGCCGCAAGUGGUCAAGCUGAAGGCCUGGCGGAUCAGUAGCCUUCGACGUCGCAGCACCUCUGCGCAAGCGGCUGGCGACGGUUCGCGGCCCGCACAAAACGCAGCCACCCCGUCAAACACAGACAACCUGGCACCCGCACCCGCGUCGCCGGCCACGGACGGCACCCCUGCCUCUUCUGCGCCGGCCUCCGCCUCCACCGCUGUCGCCCUCACCGUCGGAUUCAAGGCGCUCGCUGGCGUGUCGGUCGCAUUUGGCGCGGCAGCACUGGUGGCGCCCGAACUGCUGCUGCAGGUUGCCAGCAGCGCCGGCGCAGCUGCGGCCGCGACGCCGCUGGAGGUUGUCUUUGCACGCAUCGCUGGCGGCACCAUGGCCAUAUCCGCUGCUGCCGAGUGGUCUCUCGCGGACGCAGCGGCCAACGGGCGGCUGGGUUCCGCCACCUAUCAGCGGCUGCUGGUGGCCGUGCUGGCCAAGAAUGUGACGUACCUGCUCGCAUUCGCCCUGGCGAGCGACGUGUGGAGCGUCCCCCUGAUCCUGCUGUACCCCACGGCCCCUCUGGGCUCUCUGGUCAUCGCUGGGCUGGGGCUGAAGCAGUCGGGCGCCACGGCCGGAGCGUUGGCGGACGGCUUGUUGGCGCCGCCCAAGACGGCCGCGGGGUGGACGUACCUCGUCUUCUCGCUGCUGUACGCCGCCACGUUUGCAGCCUGCUGGGCGCCGGAGCAGCUGUUCACCGCCCCCGUAACCCCGCUAGCCUUGCUGCUCAAGCACACCUGGGCGCCCGGCUUCCUGCUGGCCGGCGGCGCGAGCCUCGUGCUCAGAGACGCUGCAGACAGGGGCCGGCUGGGCGCCAGCACCUUUAAGCGGCUGAACCUGGGGCUGGCCGUGACCGAGGCCAUAUACAGCGCCGCCUAUGGCACGGCCAUCCUGACCGGCUUUGCGGCGGGCGGCGCGCCCGCAGCCAGCAACCUGGCCGGGUCCGUGGGCAUCGCCGGCUUCACGCUGUAUCAGUACUUGACUGCUGAGAAGAAGAAAUAG